CGGCGAGUUCGGCACUGCUGUUUUUUUAGUCCUCCAUGUUUCGCUUUAAAUUCACAUCCUUUUCCAAAUCUUAUCUUCAAAAUUAUUAUUCUACUUGAUCCGAGAAACUAACGGAAAAUUUAGCGAUCGGGUAACCCAGGACAGCGAAAAAAUGCAUUCGCUGAGCCUUAAGCUUUUCGCCGAUUUCAAUGCCGGCGCGCCAUGUUGCUUCCGAGGCCGGGAUGGUUACCGGUGUCGGAAUUUAGACGCCGGGAGGAGGCAGAUCGGUUUUGGGUGUUGGAAUCCGUCUAGGAAGUAUAAGGUCCUUGCGUGUGCGUUGGAGAGGAAUGGUAAUGGCGGGGAGAGUUCGAGUUUGAAUCCGACGCCGAUUCCGAUUUCCAGUUCGUCGUUUCUGUCCCGGAGCCAAACUUAUGCCUUGUUGAAGCAGCAAAUGGAGGUCGCCGCCAAAUCUGAGGAUUACGAAGAGGCUGCGAGAAUACGGGACUCCUUGAAGAUGUUUGAAGAUGAGGAGCCAGUUUUAAGACUUAGGAGGUUAAUCAAAGAAGCUGUUUCUGAAGAGAGGUUUGAGGAUGCAGUUAAAUAUCGUGAUGAGUUGAAGGAAAUUGCACCGCAUAGUCUCCUAAAGUGUUCAAGUGAUGCAACAACUUUGGGAAUCCGGGUUCAAGUUAGGAGUGUGUACAUAGAGGGGCGAAGUCAGCCUUCAAGGGGACAAUACUUUUUUGCAUAUAGAAUACGAAUAACCAAUAACUCAGAUCGCUCUGUUCAACUUCUUAAGAGACAUUGGAUUAUCACAGAUGCCAAUGGAAAAACUGAAAAUGUGUGGGGGGUUGGAGUUAUAGGUGAACAGCCGGUAAUUCUUCCAAGAACCAGUUUUGAAUACUCAUCUGCAUGCCCAUUAGGCACUCCCAAUGGCAGAAUGGAAGGCGACUUUGAGAUGAAACACAUCGACCAAAUUGGUUCACCGACUUUCAAUGUGGCUAUUGCCCCAUUUUCACUCUCUACCCUAGGAGAUGAUGGAGAUAGCUUCUGAAUGUAGAAUUACAUCAUCAAUUUGCAGAAGCAGAUUAGCCGUAUCCAUCUAUUGAAUUGACAUAUCACUGAAAUGAAGAUUUACUUUGUAAAGUUUUAGUCUUUUGUCAUGUAAGUGUGAAGAUCUCCAUUGCUAGAGAAUAUAGGUUUAUGUCACAGUCAAAUGUUUGUCGGGACAGACAAGUUUUUAAAAUGUCUGUAGCAAACUUAAAAAGAGAUGCUUUGAUGUAUAUGUAUAAUGUUUUGUAAUGAAUGAAAUCAUUUUAACCCGUUGAUGGGAUGAAACUUUUAUUAGCCUGGGAUUUGCUUCUCUAGACAUGGUCUUGCUUACUAGUGUGUGAGAGAGUUGGAUCGUGAUUACUAAUAUUAUUUUGCGGAGCUUAUAGGCAAGUGAUGCUGUGAAGGCAUCCAUUUUGAUCCUGACCUCCCCACUCCUUAUGGGUUACCUCUGGAGAAAAAUACUUUUUGUGUUCAAGGAAGCAGUGGCUUGUAGUAGCUGAAUUUGCUUUGUGGCUCAAUCGGCCAAUCAAGCACUUCAAGGGUUAGUGGUUGAGAUGAGCAAGAGGCAACUUCUUGUCAGUUAAAUCUUAAAUGUGUUGUCUCUUUGUAUUUCUAAUGUUUAAAACUUUAAAUGCAUGUGCCUAACUGCAUAUUCACCUAUACUGCAUUGAGUUUCCUUAGUAGACAUUGCACCUAAAACAUGUAAGCAGUUGUCCUACCUUAUUCAAGCUCGUGACCUUUAUACCCCAAAACAUGCAUGAUCCAUUUGAUGCCUCACCUCUCUCCGCCCUUGCAAUUAUCCUUGAAUCUAGCUGGUGGGUCAAGAUCGCUUCACCAAACAAUCACUAAAAAUGGAAGGUAUAUAUCUCUCCCUCCAAAUGAAUUAUGAGUUCCUUUUCUUCUCUAGACAAUAAAUUAAAAUGGCUGUU